AUGGAUAGCACAAAUCAAGAGGAAUCCAAGGUGGACGAUAACGACUCAAGACCCGAAAACCGGCAAGAUCGGGUGGAAGUUGUAGAGGGUGGAAUGACGACACAAAGUGCCCAGGCCGAGGGAUCCUCAAGCAGCGAGCCAUGCCCGGGCAAGGGUUCCGGAGGGGGUUCCAUCGAGAAAGGACAGGACCCUGUAUCUCCCCUGUCGAUACCACGAACUUGUCGAGUCAAAAAAUCAGAAGCCCCUUCUGCUAAGACUCGCUCCCUUCGUCCACGACAAAAUACAGAGUUUGGGCGGUUAAAACGAUCACAAGCCAUUAGCGUGGUCGUCCCUGCUCAUCGAAGCGACGACCUUGCUAGAGACGCCAACGCGAGUCCUCCAGCCAGACCGCGACGCUGCGAUCGUGGAGGCGGCAACAGCCGUAACAAUAAUCGCCAAAAACGGGCCGUAAGGGAGAGACAUUCACCACUCCCGAGUAAAUCCUGUCUUCAGCCACCAGAACGACCACAGAAACGACCAAAGACAUCCGCAAGAAACACACUGGUCUCGACCAAGGAGGUCAUCGGGAAAGAUGACAGCUAUAGUCUAUCUUCCGAAUGUCGUUCAACCUCUAUCCCAGGUGAAACACAAGAGAUAUAUGGCCGUGGAAUCCUCCGUAUGCAAGCUCACGGUCAUCGGCACGUUUAUUUCAUGACAUUCCUUCCGGACGUUUCGCACCACCAAUCCGUGGCGUCGUCAAUCGAGUCUCCAUUGCAUAACAAAUCCUCUAAGGAUAUAUCUUCGGAGCCAGAGUUACAUACAUGGCAUCGCAAGCGAACCUUAUCCCCGGAUUACGACGACGAAGAUGCAUGGUCGAACAGGUCUUCGAUAAGCUCGGCGCUAAGCUCCCGGUCUCGCACUGGUCGCAGCAGUGCAAAACCAAAGACCAGCAGGCGUGUGCGGUGGUCGCCUGAAGAAAAAAAACUUUUACGAGAGCUCAAGCGAGAUGGAAGCCGACCGUGGUCUGAAGUGACAAGAUUAUUCUUGGAAAAAUACCCCGGCAGAAAGCCUGGCGCAAUCCAGGUCUACUGGAAUAAUAUCCUCAGCCCAAAUGAAUAG